AUGCCACACAUUAGUGUUGCAUCAUCAGUUUUUCUUUUCACAAUAAUUUUUAUUUAUUCAAUUUCAUUAAUUUUUACAAUACUAAUACCUAAUACUACUGCAUCAUAUACAAAAUUAAAAUUAUCAAAUAGUUUAUACGAAAAUGAUGAAGAUACAAAAUAUAGUUAUUUUGCACAAUUUUAUAAAAAUCAAAUUAAAAUUACAAAAGAUGGUAUAAUACCAAAAUAUAAUGAAGGUGUAGAAUAUAUAAUAGAUACAUGUACAUAUGAAGAAAUUGAAAUUAGUGAAUUUAAAAAUUGUGGAAAUUUAACAGGAAUUAAUAAUACACAAUUAAUAAUCAACAAUAUUAAUAAAAUUAAUAAAAUUUCAAAUUUAAUUUAUAUUUUAACAGCAAGUUUAAUUUUAAUAAAUAUUUUAAUAUCUUUAUCAGUUUAUAAAUUAAUAUUACCCUCAACUUCAAAACAAAUAAAUAUAAAUCAAUUAAAAUUUAGUUACCAAAAAAGGAUAUUUCUAUUCAAAUAUUUUAGAUUAUCAUUCUUACCAUUACUAAUACCAGCUGGUAUUCUAAUAAAUUAUUAUACACAAUUUGAUAAUUAUUUUACAAAUAUUCCAUUAAAUGAUGCAACAAUAUCUGAUGGUAAUUCAUUUGGUUUUGCUGUAGUAUCAAUUGUUUUCAAUUGUAUGGGAGUUGUUUCAAUUAUAGGUUCAACUAUUUUUUAUUUAACUGAAAUUUUAAAUUCAUCAUCAUCAUCAUCAUCGUCAAAUAUCCCAUAUGUAACUCCAAAUGGUGGUGGUGAAAAUAUACCACUUAAAAAUAAUAAUAAUAAUAAAGUAUAA